UGUGUUUGUCAGUUCACUGGAGGCAGCCUAUAGUUUAAAGACGUGAUAAGCGCUAUCACAGCUCGGCUAUAGGGGAGAAGAAUGGCAUCCGACGAUACUGAAAGAGUGAUUGUCAUUGAAAGCGUCAGGCAAAGGUUGCGACAUCUUAUUUUGGUCGACCAGGUCCUGGAUCUUAUUCAUUCUAUUGGCAAUGACCAAAAGGAGCUGAUCAGAAACAAAGCAAGGAAUGAGAGCAACACGGCGGCAGUGGACCUGCUCAUCAAUACAGUCAUUAAGACGCCACAUCAUGACGGCUGGUUCAUGGAGUUUGUUGACGCGCUGAAAAACGGAGGCUGUCAGCAUGCAGCUGACUAUGUGGAGGCCAAGUUCCCAGAUCCCACUGAGGAGGCAGACAACGAUGCCUGCGUCCUCUUCAUUCAGCUCAUGUCCCCUAGUCUCUUGGACCGUCUGAAGACCUCUGACGUGUGUGCCCACUGUUUCUCUGAAGGAAUUAUCAGCAAAGAGGAUAAGGAAAAUAUUGAAGCUGAAGAAAAAAACAGCGGAAACAGGAAAGGAGCUCGUGCACUUCUGACAAGAAUUGUGAGAGGUCGACCCGGGUGGUUCUCCACAUUUCUGAAGGUCCUGCGAGACACAGAAUGCUGGCCGGUGUACUACGAACUGACAGGAGAAACACAAGACAAUGGCAAAGAAGAUGAACCUGCAGGGAGUGAUGUCACCGCAGAGGAAGGACCAGCAGGAGCACAGGCCCCUGAUAACCUGGAGUGUCUGGACAGCAGCGUGACAGAAGAGACGGGGGAUGAGGCCACAGAUUUAUACAAUGAAGAAAGUGUUGAACUCCAACAACUGCCAAAUGACUUGGAUCCCUUCUCAACAAAUGGAACUGACAUGGCAGCAGCUGGAGGCCCCAAAAGAGCUGACAUUGUUCUUCGAGAUUAUCAGAUGGACGCUGCUAGACCUGCCCUGGAGGGGAAAAACAUCAUCGUAUGCCUCCCUACAGGAAGUGGUAAAACCAGAGUUGCAGUCUAUAUUACUAGAGAACAUCUGGACAGCAGGAGGAGAGAGGGGCGAUCUGGGAAAGUUGUUGUCCUGGUGAACAAGGUGCCUCUGGUUGAGCAGCAUUUUUCCACAGAGUUCCGGCCAUUUCUGAAGCAUGCAUAUAAAGUGGAGAGAGUCAGCGGAGACUCACCGCUGAAAAUCUCCUUCACAGAGAUUGUGAAGAAAAAUGAUGUUAUCAUAUGCACAGCCCAGAUUCUAGAAAACUUCUUGGACAACAAAGAUGAUGAGGGAGUUCAGCUGAGUGAUUUGACACUGAUUGUAAUAGAUGAGUGUCACCACACUAAAAAGGGAGAAGUCUACAACCACAUAAUGAUGCGCUACCUGAAGCAGAAGCACAAGAAUGUGCAGCUUAAGAAGGAGCAGAAAAAAACAGUGCCCAUCCCUCAGAUCCUGGGUCUGACUGCCUCACCAGGUGUUGGGGGAGCCACAAAAAUGGAUAAAGCUGAGGAGCACAUUUUACAAAUUUGUGCAAACUUGGAUGCCUAUAAAAUCAUGACCAAGGACAAUGGGCAACACAAAAAGGACCCGUACAAGCAAAUUGCUUCUGUUGAAGCCCGACAAGAGGAUCCUUUUGGGGAUGUAAUCAAGAAAAUAAUGAAUGCCAUUCAUAUCCAUGCCAGUCUGAGCCCUACAUGUGACCUGGGGUCUCAAAACUAUGAACAAUGGGUGGUUCAAAAAGAGCGAAAAGCUGUUAAAGACGAAGACCAUAAAGUGCGGGUUUGUGUUGAACAUCUUCGAAAGUACAACGAGGGUCUACAACUGAGCAACACCAUACGCAUGUGGGAUGCCUUUGGAUUUCUUAACAAAUACCAAGAGGAAGAAAUGAAGAAAAAAGUGGCCCCAGAGGAGGAUGAGCCCAUACAAAUAACAGACACUGAGAGAUUCCUCUUCAAUUUGUUCAAAGAGAACAAAAAGGAGCUGCAGACACUUGCAGGACAACCACAAUUUGAAAACAAAAGCCUAUCGGAACUGAGAAGGAUUAUUCUUCAUGAGUUCACCAGCAGAGACAGCGCCAGAGGGAUCAUUUUCACCAGAACACGUUGCAGUGCCAUGGCCUUAAGUCAGUGGAUACAGGAAAACUCCAAGUUUUCAGAUGUCGGAGUGAAAGCUUCCUAUGUGAUUGGAGGAGGAGACCAGAGUAAUGUCAAACCAAUGACAGCUGCAGAGCAAAAGGAUGUUUUGAACAAAUUCCGGAAUGGGGAAGUCAACUUGCUGAUUGCUACCACAGUGGCAGAGGAAGGUUUAGACAUACCACAAUGCAAUUUUGUCAUCCGAUAUGGCCUUGUGACCAAUGAGAUCGCUAUGAUUCAGGCUGAGGGCCGAGCAAGAGCUGAGGACAGCAGUUACACUCUGGUUGAGGUGAAAGGCUCCGCAGUGGCUGAAAAAGAGAGCAUCAAUGAGUAUCGCAAGGAUAUGAUGAGCAAGGCCAUUGCCAAAAUCAAGAGUCUGAGUCAAGACGACUAUGACAAACGGAUCAUGACGCUUCAGUUCCAGGCUAUAAUGGAGGAGAGGGUGCGAAAGACUAAGAAGAAGCAGAAAGACAGGAAGAGCAGCAGCCCGUCUGAAGUGAAGUUUACUUGCAGAGGCUGCAGCAGCCAUGUCUGCAAUGGUGACGACAUCCAAAUCAUUGAAAACAUGCACAGAGUCAACGUGUCGCCACACUUUGGAAAACUUUUCAUCCGAAAAGAAAACACCUCUCUUCAGGAGCGGCUUCUGGACUAUGAGACCAAUGUCUUCAUAGCAUGCAAGAUCUGUGGUCAGAGAUGGGGUUCAAUGAUGCUCUUCCAUGGGCUCGAGUUUCCCUGCCUCCAUGUGAAAAACUUUGUGGUGGCAUACAAUGGAAAGAAGAUUAGCAAUUGUACCAGAUGGAAUGAACUUGCCAUCCAGUUUCCUGCCUUGGACUAUGUUCACCAUGCAAGCCAAGUGGUGCAGAGCUCAGACGACGAAGACACACAAUGAAUUACAACCAGUACUCGAGUUGAGGGGGGAUGAGGGUGGAUGGCAUCCCCCCUGAAAUAAAAACGGUCAGAAUCAUCCACCCUGUAAAACUGCCAUCCUCCCUUUUCAUCAAGUGAAAAAAAUUGACCAUCCCCCCUGAAUUUUUUUUUACAACUCGACUACUGAUUACAACAACACAGAAGAAUUACAAAUAAUGAUGCAUCCUAUUCUGAUUUUAAGUGUGUCUUGUACAGUUUGAAUUAUCAACAGCACUCUGAAAGCACUGCUUCCUUUGAGUCCUAUACUGCCAUAAUGGUAAAGAGCCAUGUUGAACUGGAAAAACACAGCCUCUAUGUUAUAGUGCUAGACUACAGUGUAUUCAUGACUUACUUUGUCUCUGGUUGUCAGUGAGGUGGGUUUUUUUGUGCAUUAGUCAUAUGCAUAUAAUGUUUCUGCUAAAGCAAGGGCAAUGGUUAAAUUUUUAGGUGAAAAUAAUCAGGAAAUAUACUUAAACCACGUAUCUCCGGUAGACCUGGAUCUGGAUCAAAAUAAAAAUAAAUUACCUCCCACACCCCUGAGGUCCCAUGGGACAGGAGCCUCAGAGCCUGUGGUAACGUCUCAGCAGAGUGCACCUGUCAGCACACACGCUAACAAACAGGUGCUGGUAAUUUUCCAUUAAACCCAGCUGUUUGUGAAUUAAUCAUAAUCCUGUUUCAAACAUGAUUUAUGUCCAUUCGCAUGCUAUCUGUUAGAUUAUAUUGCCUGAAAAAUGGUGUUACACAAUCCGUAAUGGCUGGGUUCACUUCAUAAGAGAGGGUAUUAAGGGGCUUGAGUGUGGAAGUAUGUAUCAACACUGCUGGUCUUUAAGUUUUCUGUGAUAGUGGGAUGACUUUCUGCCUGGUUGUGGGUGUUUAUUGUGUACAUGCAGUAUGAAUCAAGAAUAAAAUGGA